AUGAGUGCUGUGGAGACUCUGUCAGGUAUGGCGGGCGAUACGAACGCCACGUCAAUCACGGAAUGUCCAGGUGCCAUAAUCAUCGAAAAAGAGGACCCGGUCCCGUACGAGCCUCUUCUUGGCGAAAUAUUGGGUGAAGGCUCAACUUCCCGUAUCGCACGGGUGGCGCCAGGCGUCAUCAUCAAAUAUCCACGAUUUUCUUGGUGGCAUUCCAAGAAAACGGCUGAUAAGUGGUUCGUUCAAGACAUGAAGCGGAGUUUUGAGGUGGAAGAACGACUUCUGCAAAUCCUAGGACUACAUCCAAGAAUAAUAGAGUUCAAGGGCGUCUCAGAAGACCCAUUCAGAUUGUUAUUUACCGAAGCAAGCGAUGGGAAUUUACAGAACUACAUUGACCAGCAUUAUUCUGGCAUCGAUAUGUCGCUACGAUUUAAGUGGCGCACACAAGCCGCGGAGGCGAUCCAAUUCAUUCACCAAAAAGGUGUGAUACACUCUGAUCUUCGACCCGAGAACUUCUUGCUACACAAAGCCACCGGGAACAAGCUCGAUCUUCUGCUCUGUGACUUCGGGGGGUCGACAAAUGGAGAAAUAGAUGGUGGCCAUUUGCCCGAUGCUGGAUUUUUUAAUCCAUGCGAUCCGCCAGAAUCGACGGCAAGCACGGACAUUUUCAGUCUUGGUUCCAUUUACUAUACGAUAAUGACUGGCCAUUGGCCCUACCGGUCUCCAGGUCCGUUCAAGUCUCUGAAGGAGAUAGAGAAAUACCAAGAGCUGGUAGACGACCUCUUUGCCUCCAAAAGGUACCCGCCAGUCGACGGGUUGGAAGCUGGAGUUGUGAUACAAAGAUGCCGGACAGGAGAAUACUCUGACUUGAAUGCAAUUAUUGCAGAUCAGCGCUGGCAGUUCGAGACUCUGAUGCAAUGCAAAGAAUGA